ACGACGGGAUUUGCAUUGUCGACGGAGGCGAUGAUCACAGAAUCCUACUUCCGUGCUCGCCGCUACGAUCUGGCGCCAUGAUUUUGGUAUCUCCUAAAACCGUAGUGUUGUGCAUCUCUCUACCCACCGUGUGAGAACCAUUUAAAUUGAAAAUUCUGUUGCAGUGGCGUUGUUGCAUAUAGUGGUAUUACGUUAGCUUCGAACGUGAGUCAUUGGACCUGCGCGAUCCGGAUCAAAAUACGUUCGCUAGUGGCUAUACCUCAUCUAUUUGUAUCAUGGGGUUGAGCAUCUCCCUACUCUCGUCUCUGUAAGAACGAUGAAAGAAAAGAUACUAUUGGUUGUUGGUGAAAAAUACUAGCUACUCAACGGCGAAUGGAUGGGUUGCAUUAUUGUCAAUGCAAUUUAUUAACGAUGUUAAAGGUUGCUUUACAAUAAGUCACUGAUUUUAUUGCCAUAAUAAGCAAAUAAAAGCACUAACUGAGUCAGCGUUUGUUAAUUAAUAUGCUCCGAAAAUGUGGAACUAGAAGAAAAUAUCUGUGAAAGUAUUGUAAUUUUAUAAAGUACUGUGCGCGAGUGUAAACGCGUGUAAUAUUCUUUUUCUUAAAAUGCGUAAAGUUUUAAUUGGUAUAUUACAUGAUUGAAGCUGAAAUGAAAAGAUGCUAACGCCGUGGUGGGCUUGUACCAUCUUUUGAGGUUUUUGAGGAAACCUAAAGGGAAAAGUACGUCGCAGAUGGCUGAUGUCACAAAACUUGGUUCUGGCCGUGAUAGUAUUAUGAAGAUGCUACUAUCUUCAGGGCCUGUGGUCCCAACAACAUCUGCAACAGGCUCUGGAUUACCAAGCCCAACUGGGGAUUCAUCUGAUGAGAAUCCAAGUCGAUUAACUACAUAUAUACAUCAGCUGGCUGGCUGUAAUGAGAUUGAGGUUGACGUUAUUCUAAAGGAUCAUUGUUAUGCACGACCCUGGAACUGGAAGCCUGAAAAUGUCUAUGCGAAACCUAUCAAAAAGAUAUUCUUUAGCAAGCAGAAGAAUGCUAUGUCAACGGAGAAAGAGAUACAGGAUGAUGAGAUUGAUGUUGAUGGAGGGAUAACUGAUAUGCCUGCACCUCCCUAUGAUCUGUCCAGAGCUCGCCAUCUUAUGGAUGAAUUUCAAAGAUUAUCAAAUUUUGCAAGACCAGAUGAAAAUGAUGAUUGGGAAGAUAAGAUUGAAAAAAUACUAUGGUCACCAGUUCAGAAUAGAAUAUUUUCUAAGGUUGUAAAAAUUUUGACAUCGGAGAGGCUUGCAAGACUAGCCAAGGCACAAAGUGUUAUGGAACCAGUUUCUCGAAGGAUAUCAGUAGACACAGCUGCAAGGAGAUUUCGUGAAACCUUGGCUUCAGCUGGGUGGGACUGGCGACUAGCUCAGUGGUUACACAAUUUAUUGUUCGAUUACCUUCCACAAGAGUACCUGGCAAUAUACCUUGAUAUUUUGCAAACGUCGAGAUUAAGAAUUCCGCAGCUCAUCGAUAAAAUGAUUGCUGUGCAACCAAAUAUUAAUGCUAAAGGAUCACCAAUAACAUGGGAAACACUUGGCUCCCUUCUAAAGAGAUCAUGGGAUCCUGUUGCAUCUAGCUUAAACUCUAAUAGACCUAAAAAAUUACCGGGAAAUCCUAUAUUGGUAAUAGCUCCAUCCAGUGUUGGAACUAGUAUUUCUUCCCGUCAACAUAAAUGGAUUUCACAAUUAGGUGCACUUGGUAUGGUGGUUACAGUCCAUACUCAUCUAGGCUUGGCUGCCAAUAGAAUGACAAUGAUGGCAUGCAUCGAUCAGUUAGUUCAAGCAACUAGAGCAAAAAUACAAGAUGUCAGAGGAGACUGUCCAGGAAGACCAAUAAUACUUGUAGGCUUCAAUACAGGUGCUGCACUUGCUUGUCAGGUAGCACAAAUGGAGCACGUUACUGCUGUCAUAUGCCUUGGUUUUCCUUUCAUAACUGUGGAAGGAAAACGAGGCGCACCGGAUGAUACUCUCAUAGACAUUCGAUGUCCAGUCAUGUUUAUAAUAGGAGAACAUGCUACCUUGGUGAGACCAGAUGAUCUAGAGGACUUACGUGAGAAAAUGCUAGUUGAGACAAGCUUAGUAGUAGUGGGUACUGCUGAUAACCAUUUAAGAAUCUCAACCGCUAAAAAAAUGUCGGAGGGUAUCACGCAAAGCAUGGUAGACAGAUGUAUUUUGGAUGAAAUUGGUGAUUUUGUUGGUAGCAUACUCUUGCAACCACAUCCACUACCACUGCGACCCGCAGCAUUUUCAAAUUAUGAUAAUAAGAACAAUAAGAAGGAAUCUAGGAAAAGAAAGAAUUCGACAAGUAGUUCAGUGGAGAGUGAACCAAAUUCCCCGAACGUAAAGAAAUCAAGACCGGGUACCCCAAUUUCAUCGACUACCGUUAUAGGAUCUGUUGUUACUUCAACCGUUAUUAGCAGAACAGCAACAUUGGAAACUCAGCCAACAUUGGUUGCUGUCAGUGGAACGAAUCUUAAUCAUACAUCAGGCGCUAGACGCAAAUCCAGGAUAACAUCUAAUCAAAAAACUGGUUUGGUCGAGCAUUUAAUAUCCCCCAGAAUCACAGGGCAGCAAAACACGCAUACUGGUAAUGGUGGAAUUACUUUGAAUAUCGGCUCUCUUGCUAGCUUAGCUCCUAUAGGACCUAUACGACUAGCUCCAUCGUCCGUUACUUCAGCUAUUACAACUACCGCGAAAACAAGCUCUACAUCUAGGGUUCCUACUACUUUUGCUAAAUUGCCUAAAAUGAUAACAACAAGUAUUACACCGCAAACUGUACCGAAAAUGAAAACUGUGAUGUCAGCGAAUAAAGGAUUUUCGAAAGUGAUGUCGGGCAAUUAUAAGCACAUUAAUAUUACUGAUAAAGGAGGAGAAACUAAAUUGGUAAAUGUAUUAACAACUGCUGGAAAUCAAGUUCGUGUCAGUGCUUGUACGCCAACAGCAAUGCAUAGUAAACCGGUUGGAAGCGCAAGUGAUGCGCUGACGGCUUUGCUACAAUCUGGGAGAAAUUCAAUAGGGAUAAUAAGUGGUCAGUCUACGGGAAGAACAACUCCAGCAUCCAGUAUUUUGUUAACUCCUAGCACUAACACAGCAAACACAGUUUUGUCUACUACAUCCACUUCAGCUGCAAAAGUGAUGGACACCACAACAGCAGGCAGCGGCUUCGAUCGAACGAUGCCCAUUUCUACUCGUUCCUUGGAUAUCUCGAAGGUAUCAUUGCUGCCUUCUCAAGCAAGUCUGUCCAGCAACAAAAACUAUCCACUCAGUACAUCCUGCAGCAACGUAGUCAUGCUAGCCGAAAGUUCACGGAAUGCAAGGAACAGUUCAUCGAUGUUAGUCCCGAUAACAAGUCAAAAUCCGAUAACAAUAUUACCUUUAUCAAACAAACUGAAGCCAGCACAAAAAUCUACAAAGCCAGUACCAAAGAUCACGGUGAAUAGCUGUAACUUACAACGUGCCCAAAGGGCAAAGCCACAGUCGCCUACGAUGAAGAAGAAAUUCGCAAAUGACCUGGACGACGAUCUCGGCAACAUAUUGGAUAUCCCAAUAAUAUUUGCCAAGGACGGUGAUAAUUUAAGCGCCAUGGAAAAAGUACCGUCUCUUACUCAGAUGCCUACUGUCAUAGACUCUUAUGACAAGAGUCAAAAUGUUCCUAAACUGGGAACCACUACAAAAGUUGUUCUGAUAACUAACAAACAUGAUAAGGUACAACAGUCAUGUGGAAAAAUCCUUAAUCCACCGAUACAAACAAUUGUACGGCCAACCGUUCCCACGCAAACAAUAACGCGCGCUUUGUUCCAGGCGCGACCGCAAAAUUCUAUUGUUUCUGCGAUCAGUCGGGCUGCUGUUACUAUGCAGAAUGUUCCACGUACUGUACAACCUACUAUUAAGUAUACUAAGAUUAUUUUAGCAAAAAGAAACACUAUACCGUGUAUAGGACAGAAUGAUAAGGGAGAGCAAGUGAUUUUAACGAAAAAUACUCAAAAGUUGCCAGCCUCUAAGGUGUUCAAUUAUGAGAAAAAUGAGCAUAAGUAUGUUCAGAUGUCUCCUAGGAUACAGACCAAGUAUCAAGAGAAUCUUGUAGAUGAUACUCUUGAGAUUGAAGAUGCUAUUAAGACUAAUAUCAUAGAACGUAAGAUGGUAUCUAUACCGGAGAUUGAUUUGACUUCACCGAGUAAGAGCGAUCGUGGAAUUGAAUCGAGGAGGACAGUCGAAUCUAAUAUGCAUUUAAAUGAAGAAGAUACUAAUCAUAUUGAGAAUAAUAAAUCAUCCGAUGCAAUAUCAAUGCAAGAAUAAAUAAUGGUCAGUUUGUGGAGCUUAGGUUAUAUUAGCACAAGAGUGUUCUGUAUAUAUGUCUGAUGUAACAAUUAAUGAAAUUUGAGAAGCGAUAGACUAUUAAUGAAAGAGCGUUGGAAUUCAAAAAGAAAAGCGUAGUGAGUGAAGACGAAAAUUUCACAGCAAACGAAAAUAUCGUAAUAAAGAAUGAUACGUAAAAGGCUACAGAAUGCCUGAGAAUGAAGAUAUGUGAUAAAUCUUAAAAAUGUUAUUGUUCUGUAUUAUAUUGUAUUUUUUUUAUAUCCGAUAUCGUUGCCUUGUACAAAGUAUUUCUCUCUAUAGUUAUCACUGCAAGAUAAAGUGGGGUUUUAGGAAUAUUUUCUGCAAAUGAGUGUAUAAUAUACAGUAAUAUAACUCUUUGCAUAUGCCUGUAAAGAGAAGCUACUCUUAAAUUAACUCGCGAGAUCCAUAUUUACAGAACUGAUUAAUGCACGUGUCACAUGUAAAUUAUAUAUGAUAACCAUAGGGAAAAUAUGCCAGAAAACAAUAUGAUAAUAGUAAAAACGACAUAAUAUAAGAAUCCAAUGUUCUUCAAUGGCAUUUCAUAAAAAAACAUUAGUUACUGUACGAGGCUGUAAUCCGAUUCAAAAAGAAUCACUAUUACAAUAGUAA